UUCUGCAAGACAAUUAUUCAAAUUUUACAUCACACAAUUUGUAUCUAUUCUCGUUUGUAUGCAAAUGAAUGGGUCGUAUACAGUCGUGUGUGUGUGUGUGACAUAACAUAUCACGAAAUCAUCAUUCAUUCAUGGAAGGUUCCAGACGUUCUGCGGCUUCGGCUGUCCUCCGAACAGUUCAUUUGUCAGGAUGAGCGGCCCAGCGGACGACCAGAGACGCAGUGAGGAGGACGCUGUCGACCGGGAAGACUUUUUCGAUUGCCAGGAGACUUUGGAGCUUCGCGACAGAGGAGACGAGGACGGACGGCGCAUGAAGACGGACGCGGAACCCGAACCGGCAGAUGACGCGCAAGCGAACCCGCUCGGGGAUACUUUGGACGAUUCCGACGGCGAAGCGGAGAACGAUGACCAGCCGAAGGAAGAGGAAGAGGAGAAACUGUCGCAAGAGGAGAAAGAGAGCCGACGACUGCGCAGUCUCACCUUGAAGGACGAAGGAAAUUGUCACUUUAAAAGUGGAGAUUGGUCCACGGCGGAGCAAAGCUACACGCAAGCGCUGCGUUUGUGCCCGCGCUCUUUCGGCCAAGAGCGAGCGGUGUUGUUCUCCAACAGAGCGGCCGCCAGGCUGCACAUGGAGCGCAAGGACGACGGGAUCGCGGACUGCUCCAGAGCGCUGGAGCUGAAUCCCGACUACGUGAAGGCGUUGCUGAGGAGGGCGGAGCUCUACGAGCAGACAGAGCAGCUGGAAAAAGCGCUGGACGACUACCAGAAGGUCCUGGAGCGAGACCCGACGCAGGCGGGAGCCCGGCAGGCCUGCGCGAGAUUACCUCAGCAGAUCCACGAGAAGAACGAGAAGCUGAAGGAGGAAAUGUUAGGUAAACUGAAGGAGCUGGGCAACAUGGUCCUGAGACCCUUCGGCCUGUCCACCAACAACUUCCAGGUCAACCAGGACGCCGACACGGGUUCUUACUCCAUCAACUUUGUCAACAAGACCAACAACAACACGUGACCGCGCCGCGCCGUCCUUUUCACAAUAAAACUUUUUUUUCCUGUCGCA